AUGAAGAAGGCCACGUCGCUCUCCGAGCUCGGCUUCGACGCCAACGGCGCCUCCUCGGGCUUCUUCCGCCCGGUGUCCGACGGCAUGGACUCCACGCCGACGUCGCACCACCGGCGGAGGCUGACCAAGGUGUCGGUCAUCGGCGCGGGCAACGUGGGGAUGGCCAUCGCGCAGACCAUCCUGACGCGUGACCUCUCCGACGAGAUCGCGCUGGUGGACGCGCUCCCGGACAAGCUCCUCGGGGAGAUGCUGGACCUGCAGCACGCGCCGGCGUUCCUGCCGCGCACGCUCCGGGUGUCCGACACCGACAUGUCCGUCACCAGGGGCUCCGACCUGGCCAUCGUGACUGCGGGCGCGCGGCAGAUCCCGGGGGAGACGAGGUUGAACCUCCUCCAGCGGAACGUGGCGCUGUUCCGCAAGAUCGUGCCGGCGCUGGCGGAGCACUCCCCCGACGCCAUCCUGCUGAUCGUCUCCAACCCCGUGGACGUGCUCACCUACGUGGCCUGGAAGCUGUCGGGGUUCCCCGUGAGCCGCGUCAUCGGGUCGGGAACCAACCUGGACUCCACCAGGUUCAGGUUCCUCCUCGCCGAGCACCUGGACGUGAACGCGCAGGACGUGAACGCGUACAUGGUGGGCGAGCACGGCGACAGCUCGGUGGCGGUGUGGUCGACGCUGAGCGUGGCCGGGAUGCCGGUCCUCAAGUCGCUGCAGGAGAGCCACAGCAGCUUCGGCGAGGAGGCGCUGGAGGGCAUCCGCCGCGCCGUCGUCGACAGCGCCUACGAGGUCAUCGGGCUCAAGGGAUACACGUCGUGGGCCAUCGGCUACUCGGUGGCCAACCUCGUGUCGUCGCUCCUCCGGGACCAGCGCCGCAUCCACCCGGUGUCCGUGCUCGCCGCGGGCUUCCACGGCAUCCCCGACGACCACGAGGUGUUCCUCAGCCUGCCCGCCAGGCUCGGUCUUGCCGGUGUACUCGGCGUCGCCGACAUGGAGCUCACCGACGAGGAGACCAGGAGGCUCCGACGCUCCGCCAAGACGCUCUGGGAGAACACCCAGCUCCUCGGCCUCUAG